GUUGGUUAAAAAAGAUGAUGGUGAAGUGAACGUACCAGAAAUGGCAGCCAGGGAGAUGGUGGUUACUCCUGCGCCAAAACCAAAAGCGACAGCUGAGAACGCAGCUGGCUGGAUGGCCUCUCCUAUGAUCCUUGUGUUCUGUACUCCCAAAGUGAAAACCCCUCCCACCACAACUAGUACCGUAUUGCCAAGGUCACCGGGGACAAGUGAGCUGCCUCUUCCCAGGAGCACCAGCCAGGCGGGAACACCACAGGUUCCAGAGUUCCAAACGAGAUGGCUAAAACCAGAAGCUAAGGUACAGGAGGAGAAGAUCGAGUCGGUGACGAAGAACAGCGCAACAGACAGACAAUACACAGAAGACAGCGUUCGUUUCGCUGUGAGCUCUGAUGAGUAUCUGAAACAUUUUGGAGACCCUUCUCCUCCAAAAAUAAAACAGUAUGACCAGUUACUCAGUACUCCUCCACCUCCAGAAAUAACAAGGAUACCGGAUGAUGUUCUGCAGAUUCUGUCCAAGUAUAACCAUAAAGCAGACCCUUCUAAAGCCAAGGAAAUGGAGACGAAGGCAGGAGCACCUACAAGAUAUGAAAGUGAUUUCACCGAUUACAGUAACAAAGAGAACAGAGGCUAUCCUGGACUUUUCAAGCCAAACGUGUGA